AAACCUCAGGGGAGAGGGCACAGACAGCCUCUGGAGCUCCUGCCUGGUGGGACCAUGAAUUGGCAGUGGCUGUGGCUGGGUUUCCUACUACCCAUGACAGUCUCAGGCCGGGCCCUGGGGCCUGCAGAAAAGGAGGCGGCUGUGGAUUAUCUGCUGCAAUAUGGGUACCUACAGAAGCCUCUAGAAGGACUUGAUGACUUCAAGCCAGAAGAGAUCACAGAGGCUCUGAGAGUUUUUCAGGAAGCGGCUGAGUUGCCAGUCUCAGGUCAGCUGGAUGACGCCACAAGGGCCCGUAUGAGGCAGCCUCGCUGUGGCUUGGAAGACCCCUUCAACCAGAAGACCCUUAAAUAUCUGCUGCUGGGUCGCUGGAGGAAGAAGCACCUGACUUUCCGCAUCUUGAACCUGCCCUCCACCCUCCCAACCCACGUAGCCCGGGCAGCUAUGCUUAAAGCCUUCCAGUACUGGAAAAAUGUGGCCCCCUUGACCUUCCGGGAGGUGCAGGCUGGCUGGGCUGACAUCCGCCUAUCCUUCCAUGGCCGCGAAAGUUCAUACUGCUCCAAUGCCUUUGAUGGGCCUGGGAGGGUCCUGGCCCAUGCUGACAUCCCAGAGUUAGGCAGCGUGCACUUUGAUGAAGAUGAGCUCUGGACUGAGGGAACCUACCGGGGGGUGAACCUGCGUAUUAUUGCAGCCCAUGAACUGGGCCAUGCCCUGGGACUUGGGCACUCCCGGUAUACUGAGGCCCUCAUGGCUCCUGUCUAUGCUGGCUACCGGCCCUACUUCAAGCUCCACCAGGAUGAUAUAGCCGGGAUCCAGGCUCUCUAUGGCAAGAAAGGCCCGGAGAUAGAGGACAAGGAAGAAGAAGAGAUGGAGCUGUCCUCUGUACCCCCAAUGCCGACAAAACCCAGUCCCAUGCCAGAUCCCUGCAGUGGUGAACUGGAUGCCAUAUUGCUGGGGCCCCGUGGCAAGACCUAUGCCUUCAAGGGGGACUACGUGUGGACCGUGACAGAUUCAGGGCUGGGUCCCUUGUUCCGAGUGUCUGCCCUUUGGGAAGGGCUCCCAGGAAACCUGGAUGCUGCUGUCUACUCUCCUCGAACACAAUGGAUUCAUUUCUUUAAGGGAAACAAGGUGUGGCGCUACAUAAAUUUCAAGAUGUCUCCUGGUUUCCCCAAGAAACUAAAUAGAAUAGAACCCAACCUGGAUGCAGCUCUCUACUGGCCUCUCAACCAAAAGGUGUUCCUCUUUAAGGGUUCCGGGUACUGGCAGUGGGACGAGCUGGCCCGAACUGAUUUCAGUAGCUACCCCAAACCAAUCAAGAGUUUGUUUACGGGAGUGCCAGACCAGCCCUCGGCUGCAAUGAGUUGGCGGGAUGGCCGAGUCUACUUCUUCAAGGGCAAACACUACUGGCGCCUCAACCGGCAGCUUCGAGUAGAGAAAGGCUAUCCCAGAGAUAUCGCCCAGAACUGGAUGCACUGUCGUCCCCAAAGCCCAGACACUAUCCCAACAGAUGGGGACAUCACUCCCUCAGCCACAGGUACUGACCACUUGGCCACAGGCACUGACCACUUGGCCACAGGCACAACCUUGGAUAGCACUGUCUCAGUCAUAGAUACCACCUGGAACACUGACCACUCUCCUACAGACAUAAUCUUGGACACUAUCCCCUCAGCUACAGGUUCCAUCACCCUCCCAGAGGCCUAAGACCUGAGUCAAAUGUCUGCUCACCAGAACUGUGCAGGCACCACAGCAGGGGCAGCCCCAUGAGCUACUAUACGAGCUAUUAUGUGUAAGCUGUUAGAUCACAGGCUUCUAAAAGGUCCCCAGCUCUGGUCAGCACUCCCCUAUGCCCCUUCCUUCCUGGAAUGCACCUCUGACUCUGGGUAAGCUCAGCCCCCAACUCCAUACUUUUCCUCCCCAUUCUCAUCCUCCAUAGCACUUCCAGCUGUGUCAUCUACUGUCUGGAGGACAGUGGUGGACAGCCAGUGUCAAUCAGGCCUUUAGCUGACCGGAGGCAACAGCUGGGAGGCUGGAUGACUGGGUCCUAUUCUUCCUAGAUAAACUGCCAAAAAACAGUAUGGCCAGUAAAAUGAGCAAGGGCUUUGGAAUCCUUGAGAAUGACAUUUACUUGCUUAUUGGCAGGUUAAUUAACCUCUUUGAGCCUCAGAUUCCCCAUUUGCAAAAUAAGGUUAAUACUGACCCUUCAGGGUUGUUGCAUUAAAUGAGAUACUAUAUUUGAAGUGCUGGGCACAGUGUCUGGCACAUUUGUGCUUAAUAAAGGCUAACUCCAUGUUCCUA